AUGUCUUCUUCCCAAGAACAAUCAAAAAAUUCCAGCAAUGAACAACCGCAAAAUACAAAUCCUACGCCUUCAGCACCUAUUGAUCCUCUUUACAGUGACUAUGAAGAAUAUCCACCAAUAACUCAAAACUAUUCUGAAAACUCUAGUAAUCAAUCAUCAUUAAUACAUGGUGGUCCUCAUUAUAAUACAACAGGACAAAUAGACCCUAAUGAACAAUAUGAAAAUAUUGGUAAUGAUGGUGCUGAUGAUGAUAUUCCCGAUGAACUUGAAAAUGAACUUGAAGCAACAGUUGAAAGAAUGACAAGUGAACAAUUAACUGAUAAUGAUGAAGACGAACCAAUCUAUGCUGAAGAUGUACAAAAUGCAUUUGCGCGAUAUGAAAACGAGCAAGAUGAAAUGUUUGAACAAAUGCGUGAAUGUAUGCUUUUUAUGGAACAAGAAUAUUCUACUGCUGAAAUGCCAAGUAAACUGAUUGAAAUCUCACAGACAACUAAUCUAAAUCCUGAUGCAGCUGAAUUUCGACCAGCAAAUUCACAAGCAGCAGUAGCAACAGAUAAAGAAAGAAUUGUUGUUGUAUCAUGGGUGCCGUGUGAAGCUAAAAAGCAAAAUGAGUAA